AUGGCAUCCGAAAAGCCCUCGGUCCUCAUUAUUGGCGGGCUGGGCUACAUUGGCCGCUUCCUUGCCCAGCACAUACACCAGGAAGGCCUCGCCUCCAGUAUCCGUCUUGUCGACAAGGUCUUGCCACAGCUGGCAUGGCUCGCCCCUGAAUUCGAAGAAGCUUGCUCCAAGGACAACUUUAUGCAAGCUGAUGCCAGUAAAGAGCAAGCCCUGGCCCGGAUAUUCGACCGUGAAGAUGGCAAGCAGUGGGAUUACGUCUUCAACUGCGGCGGCGAAACUCGAUACUCUCAGGAGGACGAAGUGUACAAGGUCCGCUCGCUGGCUCUGUCAUUAGCUGUUGGAAAAGAGGCCGCCAAACGCAAAGUCAAAUGCUUUGUCGAGCUGAGCACGGGAAUGGUCUACAAGCCCAACUCGGCUCCGAGCAAGGAGAGCGACAAGCUCAAGCCUUGGAGCAAAAUUGCCAUCUUCAAACUCCAGGCUGAGCAGCAAUUAGCACAAAUCGAAGGGCUCAACUUGGUCAUCGUCCGCUUGCCACACGUUUACGGCCCAUACGCGUCUCAAUGGGUAGGCACCGCCAUGUGCCUUGCGCGUGUCUACCAGAGCAUGCACGAAGAGAUGAAAUGGCUCUGGACGAAGGAUCUUCGUACCAAUACAGUGCAUAUUCGUGACUGCACACGGGCUUUGUGGGCCAUUGCCUCCUGGUAUGCCGAGGGGAAACCCAAGUUCGACGAAGCGAGCAUGGGCAAUGUUCCGAUAUUCAACGUUGUCGACAAAGGAACAACCACACAAGGAACGAUAGCCGAAAUCAUUGGUCAAGUGUUUGGCAUCAAGACUGGCUUUCAAGGACAACUAUUGAGCAACCUGGCAAGACUGAGCAUGGACAACAUUGUCGACGACGUCAAUGACGAUACACUGGGCCCUUGGGCCGAUCUAUUGGCUGAGAAGGGCAUCGUCCGUCCCGGCCCGUUGACACCCUUCAUGGAAAAAGAGCUGCUCAAGGACACUGAUCUGAGCAUGGACGGAGGUCGAUUUCAGGAGCUCAUCGGAUUCGAAUACAAGCACCCAACCAUCACCAAGGAGCUUGUCGAGGAGGUCAUUGAAAGUUAUAAGAAGAUGAACUGGUGGCCUUGA